UUUUUUUUUUCCUAAUUUUUUUUUCUUCUUUACUUAAUGAUUACUAUUAAUUCACAAACAAACUCUGGUGUAACUGGUGUAUCACCUCCAUCGCCUACAUUAUCUUGCGCUUCAGUUGUCUCUUCAAAAUCCUGGAUGCAGAAGAAUCCAAAUGAACUCAUUCCUAUGCUCAAGAAUGCAUAUGACAUUUUAAAAGACAAGGAAAGAGAUUUAAGGUUGGCGGCAGAAAUUGGGAGAUCAUUGUUGGAGAACAAUAAGGCUUUAAAGUCCAACUACGAAGAUUUAUUGAAUACACCUUACCCGACACCCACUAAUUCCUCGUCGCUUAUUGAAACUAAAAUUGAUGAUGAAAAAAUGACGGGAGAGGCGUACGAGUAUGUUCCUGCCAACCGAACAAGAGAAGCAAUGCUAGAGAUUCUAGAAUACCAGAAUUCGGAUUUAUCACAGCAAUUAGAGACCGCCUUACUAAAACAAGAAAAUCUCGACCGUAAAAACUCCAAAAAAGCACGUCAGUUAGAAAUGGAAGUCAAAUUCCUCCAAACCAGCCUUGAUCAUGCUACGCAGAAAAUACAAGAAUUAGAAGAGGCCAGGAUAAGGAAAACAUUGACUUAUAAAGACGGUAACACGGUAGAUGAAACAAAUCAACAAAAAUGGAUUGAUGAAAAUUGCGUAUCCAAACAAGUUGAUCUGCUAAAAGCUGAAAAUGAUCAGUUGAGUCAAGCCAAGACCGAAAUGGAAAAAAAGCUCUGUGCUUCACUAAACGAGUUGCAUCUGCUACAACAACAAUAUGAACAAUUCCAAUUUACAACCAAGGACUAUGAAAAAUUAAAACAAGCUUUUGAGACUCAAAAUAUACAUAUUCAAGAAUUAAAAAGCAGCUUAGAGGAACACCGCCAUAUUGUUUCCAAAUUAAGAGAUCGUGGUAUCUAUAUUCCUUCCUCCUCCUCUACUACGUCAAGUGAAACACAUAAAAGAAAAGUGCAUCAUGACACCAAUAAGAAUAAUCUAUUAACCGAAUUGGAAAAUGCCUGGUUUAAACAUCAGUCUCCUCCUAGAUCAAGGCAAACAUCAAUUUCAAGCUACAUUCAGCCUUCACAACCUAUUUAUCCAUCACUCAAUGUAGACUCCGCUCUAGAAUCCAUCAUUCUGAAAGCUGGCGUUGUUGAAAAAGACGCAUUAGACGAUGCACUGAGUUUGCUGGGACGCUUAGAAGACGAAUAUGAUCAUGAAAAGUUCUUGCAAGAAAAAAGACAUAUAUAUUACAAACAAGACAAUGAAGAAAAAGUCCAAGUAAAAGAAGAAAGCAUUUAUUCCUAUUAUUAUGAAGAAGAACCAGAGUAUGUAGUACAAGUACGACCCACACCCAGUGGUAUCAUUGGUUAUGCUAAAUAUGCCAUCGAAUCCAUUAUCCAGUUGAUUUGGCGUUGGGUUCGUUUCACCUUGGUCAUGAUGAUCGCGGUCUUCAUUAGCCUAAAAGAAGGCCCUGAUGGCUUAUAAUUUUUUUUUACAUGCACUUAUGCCCUUUAUUUUAAUAAAAAUUUGAAAGAACACAGCCAAUCAUACACAAAGUUGGGCUGAACGAAAAAUAAAAAAUAACAAUAAUUUUUGUGCCUCAGGUUAU